AUGAAGUCCAAAAAGAGAGAUCAAAAACCUAAAGGCGCUGCAACUGCUACAGUGCAAACUGAAACCGAAUAUCCUAACGAAAACGAAACAAAUAUAAUAACAAAUGUUGAUAAUCCAAACACCGCAUUACCGUACGUUACAUUUUCUGAUUUCGAAACUCUAGUUAAACGUUUCAAUGGCGACGCAAUGUCUGACGUCAACAUUUGGAUAGAUUCCGUUGAAGAAGCGAUCAUACUUCUACAUCUCAGUGAUUUGCAAGCUUUGUUAUUUUCUAAACGAUUACUAGUAGGAAAAGCAAAACUUUUCAUUGAUAGCGAAAUUUUGCCAACGUCUUGGCAGACGUUAAAAAAAUUAUUGCUUGCGGAAUUCUCCGACAGUCGUUGUCCGGCUGAAGUACACAAAUUGCUUUCGAACAGAAAAAUGCGUUAUAAUGAAAGUGUCGAAGAAUAUUUUUUUAAGAUGCGUCAGAUUGGUUCGAUGGCUAAUAUUGAUGAUUCAUCAUUAAUGCAUUAUAUAAUAAACGGAAUAGAUGAUACGCCAUUUAAUAAAAGUGUUUUGUAUAAUUGCUUGAAUAUUCAUGACUUUCGAAAUAAGCUGAAGAUAUAUUCUGAAAUGUCUGCUGAUGCACAUUCGAGAAAAAAUACAGCGUUUAAACCUUUUCCAGUUUCAACUCGAUCGGGAAAAAAUUCACUAGGAGCCAGAUAUAACGAACAUAACGAAAGAAAGAUGAACAAAUUUUGUUUUCUUUGUGGAAAUGAUUCCCACCUGCAGUAUGACUGUCCAACAAAAAACAAAGGAAAACGUUGUUUUUUUUGUUCAGGCUUUGGCCAUGUUAGUAAAGAUUGUGAAAAGAAAACAACUGAUAAGAGAUCUUUUUCGAAUUCUUCGAAAUGCAAGGCCGAUCCGACUCCAUUUUCACCCACGGAAACGACCGACUGUGCUCAUAAAACUUGUAAUUCUUUCCAAAUUAACUCCAACAUGCUGAAGUCAGCUAAAAUAAAUGAUUCAGUUAUAACUACUCUAAUUGAUACUGGAUCACAGCUAACCGCGCUUUCAAAUAAAAUUUUUAAAAAUUUCCGAAAUAUUAGUUUAAAACCUACAAGUGCAACAUUUUCCGGCUUGGGAAACAAAACUUAUUGUCCCAUUGGCACUUUCUUUUCUGAUAUUGAAAUUGAUGACUGUAUGUUCUCGACAUUGAUUUAUGUAGUUGAUGAUGAUAUUUUAAAUGUGGAUGCAAUUAUUGGUACUGAUGUUAUUAAUCAAGGUAUUUUAUGUGUUGAUAAAAAUGGUUGUAACUUGAGAAAACAUGAAAAUUUUUUGUUGAAUGUCGCAAAUAUUGUGCCCAACGAACCUGAAUUAGACCUUGCACAUAUUCAAACCCCUCAAAUACGUGAAGAAGUUAGUCAUUUAAUUAAGAGUUAUAAGCCUGAUAAAAUUAAAACGACCAAUUUAAAGAUGUCAAUUAAUUUAGAAGAUGAGAUUCCUGUUAAAAAAGAUAAUUCAUAUCGCUUAUGUGUUGAUUACCGCAAACUAAACCGUAAAACAAUUAAAGAUCACUAUCCUUUACCUUUAAUUGAUGAAAUUUUAGACUCUUUAAGUUCAGCAAAGACAUUUACUACAUUAGAUUUGAAAAAUGCAUUUUUUCAUAUUGAUAUUGAAGAAAACAGUAAGAAGUAUACAUCAUUUGUCACUCAUAAUGCCCAGUAUGAAUUCCAGAAAUGUCCCUUCGGAUUAAGUGGAAGCCCCUUAUUAUUCCAGAAAUAUAUUAAUUGCAUUUUUCGUGAACUUUUAAUUGAUCAGACCGUCAUUAUUUACAUGGAUGAUAUUCUUAUUCCUUCCGUUGAUGAAGUGGAUGGUAUAAACAAGUUGAGAAAAGUCCUUCAAAUUGCCUCUGAGUAUGGACUCGACCUAAAUAUUAAGAAAUGCCAAUUUCUCAAGCGAGAAAUAGAAUUUUUGGGUCAUGUGAUUAAAAAUGGAAAAAUAAUGCCCUCUUCUUGCAAAACCUCUGCAGUUCAAAAUUUUCCCCUGCCGAAGAAUGUGAAAGACAUACAAAAAUUUUUAGGACUUACUGGUUACUUCCGAAAAUUUAUUCAGCAUUAUGCAUUAAUUGCUAAACCACUCAGUGAUUUGCUUCGGAAAUCAGCUCCAUUUGUUUUUGGACCAGAACAACAUCAGGCAUUUUCUGUUUUGAAGGAAAAGUUAACUUCUUAUCCUGUUCUCGACAUUUUUCGUCCUGGCGCAAAACUUCAGUUACACACUGAUGCAAUAGAAAAACGACCCCUCAGCAGGAAAAUUAUUCAAGCUAUGAACUUGAAAUGUUAG